AUGAGCAGCCCAAGUCUUUUUAUUUUUAUGAUAAUUUCCUCAAGGUUUCCUGAAGAAGAUGAGAGAAAUUCUGUCGAUCAUAACAUGGGCUUUUGUGAUCCCAUCACUAUUAUACAUAAUUUUUCUCAGGAAAAAAAACCCAGAAAGAAAAUACAAAUUCCCACCAGGAAGGAGAGGUUGGCCUUUAAUUGGUGAUAGCUUACAGUGGUAUAAAGCAGUGGCAGGUUCUUAUCCUCCAGAAUUUGUUUAUCAACAGGUGAAUAGAUUUGGGAAAAUAUUCUCUUGCAGUUUGUUUGGCAGAUGGGUUGUGGUUUCUGCAGACCCAAAUUUCAAUAGAUUUAUAAUGCAAAAUGAAGGCAAACUGUUUGAAUCAAGUUACCCAAAAUCAUUUCGUGAUUUGGUUGGUAAAAAUGGUGUGAUUACUCUACAAGGAGAUCGACAGAGGAAACUUCAUGGGAUUGCUUCUAAUAUCAUGCGUUUAGAUAAGCUCAAAUUCCAUUUCUUAGAUGAUAUUCAAUUGGUUAUUCUUCAAACUCUCAAGUUCCAUGACAACCAAAUCAUUUUUCUUCAAGAUGUUUGCAGAAAGAUUGCAAUCAAUCUAAUGGUUAAUCAACUGCUGGGUGUAUCAACUGAAUCAGAGAUUAUUGAGAUGGCUCAAUUAUUCUCUGAUUUUGCUGAUGGCUGUUUGUCUAUUCCUAUCAACUUGCCUGGUUGCACUUACCAUACUGCUAUGAAGGCAAGAGAAAAUAUCAUAAGGAAGAUAAAAAAGACAAUAGAGAAACACAGAGGAAGUAGAAGCAAAGCUGGAAAUGGAAACGGUGUGUUGGGAAGGAUAUUGAAUGAAGAAAAUUUGGGAGAUGAAGAAGUAGCUGAUUUCAUUAUCAAUCUUCUCUUUGCUGGGAAUGAAACCACUGCGAAGACUAUGCUUUUUGCUGUUUAUUUCUUGUCUCACUGUCCUUCUGCACUCCAACAACUCCUGGAUGAACAGGAUAAGCUCCGGAAGAACCCUAUGGGAAAUGAAUUCCUUACUUGGGAAGACUACAAAAAUAUGUCUUUCACUCAGUGUGUUAUUGAUGAAACACUUCGAAUUGGGGGAAUUGCAAUCUGGUUAAUGAGGGUGGCAAAAGAGGACGUUAUAUACCAGGAGUAUAUGAUUCCAAAAGGACGGGCAGUGAUUCCAUUUCUUUCGGCCGUUCAUUUGGACGAAAAUUUGUACAAAGGAGCUUUAAAUUUCGACCCAUGGAGAUGGAUGGACCCACAAUAUCAGGAAAAAAGAAACUGGAGAAGUAGCCAAUUCUAUUCUCCCUUUGGAGGAGGUGGUCGGUUUUGUCCUGGAGCAGAGUUAGCUCGCCUCCAAAUUGCUCUCUUUCUCCACUACUUCCUCACUACAUACAGGUGGACACAGCUUAAAGAAGAUAAAUUAUCAUUCUUUCCCUCUGCUCGGCUGGUGAAUGGCUUUCAAAUUGGUUUGAUGAGGAGAGAAUCUCACUUUGAAAAUGGAGCAUCAGAAUGCAACUGACUUUUAACCUCAACCUCAUUGUAACAUAAAUAACAUUUCUAUUUAUUUUCCUUUU